AGUUAUGGUAAACAGAAGCUCAAGCGUGCUUGAGUUUUUCUUCUGUUACGCAUCACGUUUGAGCUUCAGCAAGAACCAAUGAGGUUCAUUCUCGUGUUACGCAUCACGUUUGAGCUUCAGCAAGAACCAGUGAGGUUCAUUCUCGUGUUACGCAUCACGUUUGAGCUUCAGCAAGAACCAAUGAGGUUCAUUCUCGUGUUACGCAGCACGUUUGAGCUUCAGCAAGAACCAAUGAGGUUCAUUCUCGUGUUACGCAUCACAUAUGAGCUUCAGAAAGAACCAAUGAGGUUCAUUCUCGUGUUACGCAGCACGUUUGAGCUUCCGCAAGAACCAAUGAGGUUCAUUCUCGUGUUACGCAUCACGUUUGAGCUUCAGCAAGAACCAAUGAGGUUCAUUCUCGUGUUACGCAGCACGUUUGAGCUUCAGAAAGAACCAAUGAGGUUCAUUCUCGUGUUACGCAUCACGUUUGAGCUUCAGCAAGAACCAAUGAGGUUCAUUCUCGUGUUACGCAUCACAUAUGAGCUUCAGAAAGAACCAAUGAGGUUCAUUCUCGUGUUACGCAUCACGUUUGAGCUUCAGCAAGAACCAAUGAGGUUCAUUCUCGUGUUACGCAUCACGUUUGAGCUUCAGCAAGAACCAAUGAGGUUCAUUCUCGUGUUACGCAUCACGUUUGAGCUUCAACAAGAACCAAUGAGGUUCAUUUUCGUGUUACGCAGCACGUUUGAGCUUCCGCAAGAACCAAUGAGGUUCAUUCUCGUGUUACGCAGCACGUUUGAGCUUCCGCAAGAACCAAUGAGGUUCAUUCUCGUGUUACGCAGCACGUUUGAGCUUCCGCAAGAACCAAUGAGGUUCAUUCUCGUGUUACGCAGCACGUUUGAGCUUCAGCAAGAACCAAUGAGGUUCAUUCUCGUGUUACGCAGCACGUUUGAGCUUCAGCAAGAACCAAUGAGGUUCAUUCUCGUGUUACGCAGCACGUUUGAGCUUCAGCAAGAACCAAUGAGGUUCAUUCUCGUGUUACGCAUCACAUAUGAGCUUCAGAAAGAACCAAUGAGGUUCAUUCUCGUGUUACGCAGCACGUUUGAGCUUCCGCAAGAACCAAUGAGGUUCAUUCUCGUGUUACGCAUCACGUUUGAGCUUCAGCAAGAACCAAUGAGGUUCAUUCUCGUGUUACGCAUCACGUUUGAGCUUCAGCAAGAACCAAUGAGGUUCAUUCUCGUGUUACGCAUCACGUUUGAGCUUCAACAAGAACCAAUGAGGUUCAUUUUCGUGUUACGCAGCACGUUUGAGCUUCCGCAAGAACCAAUGAGGUUCAUUCUCGUGUUACGCAGCACGUUUGAGCUUCCGCAAGAACCAAUGAGGUUCAUUCUCGUGUUACGCAGCACGUUUGAGCUUCCGCAAGAACCAAUGAGGUUCAUUCUCGUGUUACGCAGCACGUUUGAGCUUCCGCAAGAACCAAUGAGGUUCAUUCUCGUGUUACGCAGCACAUUUGAGCUUCCGCAAGAACCAAUGAGGUUCAUUCUCGUGUUACGCAGCACGUUUGAGCUUCAGCAAGAACCAAUGAGGUUCAUUCUCGUGUUACGCAGCACAUUUGAGCUUCCGCAAGAACCAAUGAGGUUCAUUCUCGAGUUACGCAUCACGUUUGAGCUUCAGCAAGAACCAAUGAGGUUCAUUCUCGUGUUACGCAGCACGUUUGAGCUUCAGCAAGAACCAAUGAGGUUCAUUCUCGAGUUACGCAUCACGUUUGAGCUUCAGCAAGAACCAAUGAGGUUCAUUCUCGUGUUACGCAGCACGUUUGAGCUUCAGCAAGAACCAAUGAGGUUCAUUCUCGUGUUACGCAGCACAUUUGAGCUUCCGCAAGAACCAAUGAGGUUCAUUCUCGAGUUACGCAGCACAUUUGAGCUUCCGCAAGAACCAAUGAGGUUCAUUCUCGAGUUACGCAUCACGUUUGAGCUUCAGCAAGAACCAAUGAGGUUCAUUCUCGUGUUACGCAGCACGUUUGAGCUUCAGCAAGAACCAAUGAGGUUCAUUCUCGUGUUACGCAGCACAUUUGAGCUUCCGCAAGAACCAAUGAGGUUCAUUCUCGAGUUACGCAGCACAUUUGAGCUUCCGCAAGAACCAAUGAGGUUCAUUCUCGAGUUACGCAGCACGUUUGAGCUUCAGCAAGAACCAAUGAGGUUCAUUUUGAGCUUCCGCAAGAACCGAUGAGGUUUGUUCUCGCAUAUCAAGCAGGUUAGGUUGAGCUUCUGUUUAU